ACAACAUUUUUCAUUUGUGCAUUGAUUAAAAAAAAUAUCACCGUUUGACGUUUGCAUUUGUUUCAGUCAUAAUGUAAAAUAAUGUUAAUAGUGUCUAUCGUUUUGGAGUCCAUUUUCUUGAUUUCAUGAUAAAAAUGUAAUGCUAACAUUGAAGAAAAGAAAUGCAUUAUUCUGUAUAAAACCAUAAGCAAGUAUUGUCUGGAAUGCUGAUAAAUUAUUUGAAGUACUGUACGCAUUGACUUAUUAAAUCGUAGUAUAUCACAUUACUGUGAAAACACAGGAAGUCUUUGUGCCGAUUCUCAUCGAACUACAAGAGAAUUAGCGAUGCCUUUACCUUUAGUAUUAGUAAAGAUGGACACAGUGAAAGUGGAGGAACAGUCCGAGUUGUUGGCUUGUCGGAUUUGUCUGGCUUGGGACGUGAAAUUGUAUCAUAUUCGCGAGUCGGGCUUAGAUCAAAUGUUUUCGGAACUUAUGGGAAUAUCGUUAACGGCAUCAGAUGCGCUCCCUCAAUACUUAUGCAGUUGGUGUCGCACGCUCCUGUUAAAAGCAGUGAGGUUGCGAGCUUGCUCUAGACGUUCAGACAGCUUGCUUCGACAGGCGCUCACACAUCAACAAACAAUAACAACCGCAUACAUCCGCACUAUCGACCGUUCAAUACACAAACUGACACACACACUCUCACAAAACUUAAAAACUAACAUUCAUUAUUACACUGAACAAGACAAAACUUUGGAAAAUGUCCAUCCAGAUAUCGAUAUUAUUAAAGAUGAGAUAGAACAAAAUGAAAAUGGUUUUAACGAUAAAGUUGAUAAGAUAAAAACAGAUAUAUUACAGAUCAAUAUAAUCGAAAGUGACAUUAAAGUGUUUGAUAUAAAUUGCGAUGGUGUAGCAGAUAAUAGUGAUGAUUCUGAUGAAGAUUCUAAAAUGAAUCUUCAAGAAUAUAAAUAUAAAAUGGAAAACAAUCUUGAGCCACAACCUGCGUUAGUCGAAGUUAAAAUAGGAACUGGAUUAGAUCAUCAAAUAAAGAAAGUUGCAAAAAGACAUAGUCUAAAACAAGUCAAUGUAGAAAGAUUACAAAAUAAAAAGCGAGGUUCAAAAUCUAAUAAAGUAAGAAAGAAAAAUAAGGAAACGAACGAAAUAAAAACGAAAACAAUUAAAGAAAAAGACUCAGAACCAGGAAGGUUUUUUACAAUAGAAGAAAUAGAAGAUUUUGUUAAAAAGCAUAAUUUUGAAAUCCAGUAUUUGACAGAGGAAGAAAUGGUGGAAGAUAUGGAAAGAAGGAAAGUGUCAGAUCGAUAUAAAUAUUGCAAGUUUAAAUGUAAUUUGUGUUAUAAAGGCUUCCUGACAUCGACUACUUUUGAUAAUCAUAUGAAGAAAGAUCAUGACCCGCGUAACGCAAAGAACGAAUGUCGCCUAUGCCGCGUGAGUUACCGCUACGGAUUCUAUCUCAAACAACACGUGCAGAACGCGCAUCGGCUGCGGCUGCGCUGCGCCGAGUGCGGCGAGGGCGUGUGGGGCAGGAAAGAGUGCGUCGCGCACGCGGCGCGCCAUGCAGGCACCACGCGGCAGUGCAAGCACUGCGGGAAGCACUUCCUUAAGAAGUCAUCGUACACAUGGCAUAUGCGAGCAGCGCAUCCCGUCGAGAACUCUGCGCGCGGCUCGUGCGAGCUGUGCGGGGAGAUAUACACUAGUGCCAAGGGACUCAAGGCGCACAAACUACUCGCACACAAUAAGCACUCAGCGUCCGAGUUCCAGUGUAACCGCUGUCGUGCACAGUUCGACAAUAAGGAGGCUCUGGCGAAACACCAACACCAACAAGUAAACGACAAAUGUGAUCCCGACUUAAGCGCGUGCGCGGCGUGCGGCGCGGGCUGCGCGGGCGCCGAGGCGCGGCUGCGGCACAUGCGCGCGGCGCACGACGUCGAUAUCUUUACCUGUGAUCUCUGUAACAAAUCCUUCCUAUCGAAGCCUUCGCUCUCCACCCACAUAGAUCGCGUCCACCUCGGCAUCAGGCCGCUGCAGCACCACCAGCUCACGCAGUACAAGAAGCACAGCAAGCGGCCCGUGCAGCACAGGACACGGGAGCACGAUCACAUGUGCGAGCACUGCGGGAAGGCCUACACGACACACCAGUUUUUGAAGAACCACCAGAUGACACAUACGGGUGAACGGCCCUUCAAGUGCGACCGCUGCCCUAAAGGGUUCACCACAGCGGUACAGCUCACGUGGCACACACGAACACACACGGGGGAGCGUCCGUUCCAGUGCGACCAGUGUCACCAGGCGUUCAGUCUAGAAGGCAACCUGAGGAGGCACCGCAAAGCGGUGCACCUAGGGCUCCGCAAGAACGUGCCGUGCCCGCGCUGCGAGAAAACGUUCUCCACCAACUCCACGAUGAAGCUGCACGUCAGGACCGUGCACGACGGCGCGCCCUGGCCGCGCCGCGACCGCCGCCCGAGGAAACAGACACCGCAGAUUGCAGAAUAGUUUUAGAAACACGUACACCUGCGAUAUAUGUUGAAACACAUACACCUGCGAUAUAUGUUGAAACACAUACACCUGCGAUAUAUGUUGAAACACAAACACCGGCGAUAUAUGUUGAAACACAUACACCUGCGAUAUAUGUUGAAACACAUACACCGGCGAUAUAUGUUGAAACACAUACACCGGCGAUAUAUGUUGAAACACAUACACCUGCGAUAUAUGUUGAAACACAUACACCUGCGAUAUAUGUUGAAACACAUACACCGGCGAUAUAUGUUGAAACACAUACACCGGCGAUAUAUGUUGAAACACAUACACCUGCGAUAUAUGUUGUUAACUACUUAGUUGGUGGAGUUCAAUGGGAAGGAGUAAUCUCGCACUUUUUGUGGACAACCAUGAUUUUAUCAACAGUUUAUAUACAUACAUAAGCCUCUUAUUGAUAUCAACCACUACUUAAACUAUAUGGUAAUUAUUAAAUGAAAACAACCAUCGUAAAACUUUUAGGUUAUACGUCAAAUGCUAACAAAAUCCGUUAUAUUUGUUUACAUUAUUUGUCUUUUCUAUUGAACUCCAUUUAACGAAGUAUGGGAGACAAUACAUACACAUGCGAUAUGUGCUGCAGUGGCGACCUCUGAACUUUGGGUCCUAUAUGGAAAUGAGAUAUGUAAAAAUGAAAUCAAUCAA